AAAAAAGUACUCUCGCACAAGUACUCGUAGAAAAGCGCUAGUGCAAGAACUGCGAGGACGUACUUCUUAGCGGUCAAAAACGAGCCUCAAUCUCCAACGAAGAAGUUAUCUUGGCACUAGAGUAUAAACAUCACGACAACAAGCACCCGUGAACCAAGAUGGAGAAAAGCAGUCGUAAUGCGUAUAAGACGGCGUUGACCGUCGAGCCGGAACGCGUCGACUUCCGCGAUAUUGAGGUUGGCGUCUCCUACCGCCAGACGAUCGUCGUCCGCAAUACCACACAGCAUGCACGUAGAAUCCGCUUCGUGCCUCCUGGCGUCAGGGCUGGGUGUGCCAGAAACGACAGCAAAUUUCGGCUCAUCUACGACAACAAGCUGGCGAUCGCGCCGGGAAUGGCGGUCACGGUGGAAAUCGAGUUCUGCAGCAUAUCAGAACCAGGGGAUUUCGUGGACAGGUUGUUGGUAACGAGUGACGAUUUUCGGUUCGAAGUGCCUCUGCAUUAUGUGACGAUUUUCGGUGAAGAUUGACGUUGUCUUCAUUCUUGUCUCUACAUUUUUUCUUCCUCCUAAUUCGCUUGUGCUUAUAUCUAGUCUCCUGAACCUUACUUUCCAAUAGUAUUCUUGUCCUCUCCUACUUUGAUGUGUUAGCUACCAACCUAGUAUGGUCGUGAUUGCUCCUGAAAAUCAUGAAUUUUUUGCGGCACUUGAAUGUUAGACGCAGUAGUAGCUCAAAUUGCUGCAACAUGUUUAAUAUCGAGAGCACUUCUUCAACAUCUCACUCUAAGUCUCAGCCACCAUGCCUUGCGCGAUCCUCGAUUUUACCCGCUUUCUGAAUUUCGGCAACGUCAUCGUGCAGAAGCGAUUCGUAGAAGAAGUCACAAUCUUCAAUACCGGUUCUGCCCGAGGUCAAUUCGAGUUUCCGGACAAAAUCCAGCAUGAACACUUCAGUUUGGAGUAUCUACCGCAGAAGGACUUUGUGGAGGCGCACAGCCAGCGGACAGUGCAAUUGGAACUCAACUGCUUCGACACACCGCAUACGCUGCACGAAUUGCUGGAUGUGAACUUGAAUUAUGGCUAGGGUUCUUAGAACUCUAAUACAAAAACUAUACCUACCUCCUGCUGUUAUAAGAAUUGGGAAUUGAUUCAAUUAUAUCGAAUGGUGCACUCAUCAUCUUUUCCUUUCUCUCCUCUAAUCCCAAGGCCAAAGCUCCCUAGUCGCGGACAAGAAGUCUCUCGACGUGCACGGAACCAUCCUGAGACAGAACUUGCACGUCAUCUUCGAUGCGCAAGAAAUUUCCGACUUGCACUUCGGACAUGCCUAUUUCGGCAAUACCGUUUCGAGGACGAUCCAGCUCUUGAACGACGGACCAACGCCUUUGAGUUUUGCUUGCAUGGUCAGGACAGACGGUCAGCGAAGCUCGGGGGAUGCGAAGCAGGAUGAGACGACGCUGAAGAAUGCAUGGACGAUGUCGCCGUCAUCGGGGACAGUGCCGGAAUUCGGGAGCUUGCCGGUAUUAUAUUUGGUUGAAAUAGAAGACGUUGAUGGAGAAAUUGAUGUUCAUUUCCAGGGACUAGUAAAGCCUAGUACAUAGCGUGAUGUCUCUCUCGUCCUUAGCUAAUAUCAAAUUUCCUCUAACAGGUAACAAUCACCUUCUGCCCUCCGGUCUUCGAGGAGACUAAAGGUUUUGUCUGCACACGAAGACCGCAGGAUAAGAUCUUUGACUUCGGAGUGAAGUUUGUCCUGGAAUCCGAGGAGCUGAGGGAUGACCAGGUCAUCCACGUAAUGCUGCAUUCGAAGGCUAUUGUGCCAUCGUUGAAAGCGGAUCCAGCAGCACUGCAAUUCGGUCUGUGUGAGACGAAUGAUAGUUAUGCCCUUGGGUCUGAGUAACACGUCCCGUCCAUUAUUUUGACAAAGAACAAUUGAAGUAGAUCCGACUCUCUUUUCCUAGAGACAUACUUACUCUUUUACUAUAGACAUUCUCUUGUUUACUUUUAGAAUAUCUUGAGUCUGCACUUGCUUCUUGCUUCCGUUCUCGUCCUUGAUAAAUUUCCUUAAUCGAUUCACACAAUUCUCACUACUACAAGCUAAUAAUCAAUUGUGGUUUACUACAGACCUCUGCCUCACCGACUACACACCGACACCCCUUUCAUACCCUACGAGACGUGGUCAUGAAGUUGGAAAACACACACGACGUGUUGCCAGUCAAUUUCUCGAUCCCUGUGAUUCCGAACUAUCGAGUCUCCCCAGAAACCGGUGUUUUGUUGCCUAGACAGGUAGCGCAGAUUAUGGUUUCGUUUUUGCCGAAGCAGUUGGGCGUCUUCAACCAGCGGCUGGAGAUUCUCUACAACAAUGAACAGUACUCCGACUACAACUAUUCCUUGUGAUCAUAUUAUGUUCAAAGCUUGUGAUGUGAAUGAUUUACUACAACUAUUCCUUGUGAUCCUAUUAUGUUCAAAGCUGUUUCGCGAUGCAUGAUUCAGGAUUUCAAUAACUUUACAGUGCCUUCUACCAGAAAACCCACCACCAGGUAUUCCAUGUCCGUCUACCUCCACGGCGAAAGCGCGAAGAUGGGCUACAAGAGGAAGCCGGUUAAGGGUCUCGAGAAGGUUGGUGCCGACUUUGAGCCGCCUUACCACUACGUCAACGUGGAGGAGCUCUACACCACCGCGCCACCACAUAAAAGGCAGAUGGCUUCGCUCACGGCGAUCAUGAAAGCCGACGUUGGCAGUCUAGAAGCCACUCACGCUUUAGAAAGCGUGAUGGCGGACCAGCCAGAGCCAACCAUGUACACUCUAGCGCCCUCAGCGAUGCAGGAAUACGUGAAGAACAAGCAGUGCUACAACAACUACCUCAAGGAGUCACGAAAAACUAGGAAACAGGCGGAGUACUGGGAGAAGCGAGGUGGGAAACCUACUAAAGACUUCGACAUCUUCUACGAGGACGAUGCGGAUGUGGGCAUAAAACCAGGAAGCGGGUUGAAGAGUCCGAAAUACAGUGUGAACGAAGUCGAACAAGCGAAAUUGUGGCUAGCUAGGCCUUUGGAUCACGACGACCCGAAUGUCAUUCGUGGUGUCACUGGUUUGAGGUAUACGCAUGACGAGAACAAAAUCGUCCGGAAAAAAUGGAAGACUGCGCCAACCACACAAGCAGAAGUCCGCGACUGCACUCACGAAUUACUUCCAGCGCAGUUGUCCUUGAUUUCCUGUGGACCGAAGAAGAUUGACUUCGGCAAAAUCUUCGUCAAGUCUACUGGUAGUAAAUGCUUCUCGGUCUUCAACGACUUACCUCAAUCAGUCGUCGUAGCUUUGCAGCUAGAAGGCGUGGACGCACUGAGCGAGACGAAUCCUAGUUCUCAAGUAGUACCAAGCGCCCACGCAGCUGGCUUUGAUCUAGUAUUGACGAGUCCAGUUCCGAGGAUUUUGGACAAGAUCAUUACGUACACGAUCAACGGAAAGCAUGCGCAGAAACUGCAAGUCAUGGGAGAAGUGACACCAGUAACGAUCAUAUUGCCAGUGCAAGAUUUAAGCUUCAAUUUCGGGGACUCACUGGAUAGGACGCUGGCGGAGACGGUACUAGAGAUUAGUUUCGUAAGACUUUGUUAUACUUUAGAGUGACAUCAGAUUGAACUAUGUACGUAUUCAAUGAGGCCCAGGAUUGUUUUGAGUCACAACAAGGAUUAGAAGAGAAGUAUUCGUCAUUCUACCAAAUGGCAUCAAUCUUGGCUUCAUCCACCCACCGCGUACACUACCAACAACAGGUCUUCCUCGAAAACCCUGGCAACUCGAUUGCACGUUUUGCUUGGCAAGUGCCACCAGGCAGCCCCUUUUCCGUCACGCCAGAAAAGGGCAGCGUCAAAGCGUACGCCAAACAAGCAGUCACCGUUUCCUACACCCCCUUCCCCAACACGACCAACGCCGAAGCCUACCUCGUCCUCAAAGUCGAGGAUGGUGUCGACCAAGGUAUACAGUGUAGUGGAAGCUGUCAAGAGGGUUUUGCGGUGUUUGGCCAGAGGAAACUGGAUUUUGGAGUGUUGUCGGUGGGUAACACAGCAGAAAAAACGGCAGUGCUCAAAAACGAAGGUGGAACUAAUGCAGUAUUUUUCGUAGACUCCGAAAUUGAGGGAGUAACGAUCCAACCAAUGCGAGGAAGCAUUCCAGUCGCGUCCACUGCGGAGAUAUCGAUCGCGAUCACCUUGGAGCAGCCGCAGGUACUUGGACGUGCAGCUUAUCAUCAAUGCUGUUCGCACCGUUUUUGUAUUUGAAAAGAGACGAAGAUGUUCUUGUUCAGCAGCAUGAUCAUCAAGUGCCCCUUCUUUGCUUGCGCUAGGAUUAGAGCGCUAGGACUGAGGCAGCCUUUCUCUUUUGUCAAUCUCACACAGGUCCUCGACACCGUCAUUUCCGUCGCCAUUCGUGGCGGCAAGACCAUUCGACUGCCAAUUUCCGCACAAGCUGUUGUGCCAAAUAUCGAAGUUGAAGAGACAGAGUUCGAAUUUGGUCAGCUCACCCUCGGUGCUGUCCAAACUCUGCCCUUGACAAUGCGCAACAGCAGUGCAGUUGAGGGCACGCUGUACAUCAACUUGCAGGACGUGCCAGAGUUCACCCUAGCUGCUGUGGACGAAUCAGAUCCGUCUAUGGCUGUCUAUUUUGAACGACUGACAUUUGACCAAUACGCGCAAUUAGUCGGCCUUGGUGACAUGGGUAGAAAGCCAGGAGGUCGAAAAACGGGAGGUGCAGACGCAUUCGGGAUGAGCGGAAACAACGCGUUGAAGGCACAAUUAGCGGGUGAAGAAGACGAGGAGGAAGAAGAAGACUCACAAAUCUUCAAAGUGACGGUGCCGGCGAAUAGCAGCAUAAACUUGCAGUUGACCUAUCAACCGGCGGAUUUAGUUAUGACUGUGAAGAUUCUCGUUUCUUGUUUUUCUUCGAUCUCAUGUCUAGUGUCUUUCUACUUAUACAAGAAGUACUCUCAACACUGUGAUCGACUUUGUACUGCAUACAUUUUUUUACAAGUAAAAGUAGUCUCAACAAGAUGAUUAGUUUCUCUUUCGAAAUGAAAAAUCCUCUAAUCUUUGCCAGCACAUGUUCGAACUUCCGUUCGUCGGUGCAGGCAACACCAAAGUGCCCGGCUGCUCUCGCGUCGUCCACGGCGAGGCCCUUCGACCACGCAUGCUUUUUAGCACUACCACAUUCGACUUCAAGACCAAGGUCGUGCCCACAGGGAUGCACGGCCAAGCUUCUGUUUUGGAACUCCAUGUUCACAAUGCCGAUGAUUACCCGCUUUUGUGGAAGAUUGACGCUUCGUCGAUCAGUGACGUCUUCCUAGUGGAUCCUAUCGCCGGAAAUUUGGCUCCGGAAGAAGACCAAGUAAUCAAAUGCUCGUUUUUGCCACAACAGGCGAUUCCAUAUCAGAGUCAGCUACCGGUGUUUAUCUCGCCACCGAGAACUGAAGGCAUGCGGGCAGACGUAACGCAGCCACUGCCGAUUCAAGAAGACGCUUUGCCUUAUUUGGAGUUGAGGUACUAAAAAUUGGUUUGGCUUUACAGCGUUGGAUUGACUGAGAUUUUUUAUUGCACCCUUUUCUUGAUGUUGACAACAAGAAGAAACGCGAUGACGUCGUGCUUUUUCUUCUAUCAGUCAUUCUGACAUGUCAACCGCUUCUAUCCCUCACCCUCGUCCAGGCUCCGCGGACAAGGUUCCGUCCCGAAACUGACCUUUGACCAAAGAAUGAUUGUUCUCCCAACCGUUCCCCUCGGAGUGACCGCGAAAGCGCAGUUUAACAUCAUCAAUGACGGCUACGAGAACAUCGAUGCAGAAUACCGUCUUCCAGCCGAAUACGCCAAGAUUCCGAUCCAGGUCCGAUUCCCAGAAGGCCAGCAACUGACUCUCGCGCGUAGUAAGCUCCCUGUGGAGAUCGAAUUCAUUAGCACGAAAGCUCUGUCUUUUACGGCAAAGCUGGAAUUCGUGGAUCCGGAUGGCAACGGGUACGUGAUCCCGAUUAGUGGCACAGCGGACAACUGCAUCCUGUCGACCUCGCAGUACCUAGUGGAGAAUGCGGCAGACUACACCUUGGAGGGUGAUCAAGUGGUGACACUGAAGACGACUGCACCCUGUCUGCCGAUGCCGGACUCGAGGGUGUAUCAAGAGGGCCUAGAUUCUUUGCUGAGGUGGUUGAAUGGUAUUGCUUUCCGCGUUCCCAUCGAGAACUUUCCCCUAGAUUUGAUCUUGCAACAAGGCAAACCGUUGUUCGAGGUGAUCGAAUUUUUUAGCGGGAAAAACGCUCUGUCAGCACCCUUGAAAGAGCGACCAGGAGCCAGUGGACCGGGAGGCGACGGGGAGAAGACGGGAGGCAAGAAUCAACCGAAGGACUUGAUCAAGAUCAACGGCAUUGUGCAAAUCUACGAAAAAGCAUUGAACUUCUGCAAACAACAUGGCUGCUUGUUGUCGAUGGUCCGACCAGAGUACUUGCUGAGUCAAGACUUGUACGUUCGCUAUGUGCAGUUGACAACAGCAAAAAGCGGAGGAACGGUCAGCAAGCGACAAUUGGAGAAGAAUUUUGUCUCGAUUUCUCUAGAAGCGUGGACAAAUUUCGUGAUGCAAGUAGUGAAGGUGUUUUUGUUGAACCGUGUCACUCCGAAGUCGUUCCGAAAGGACUUGCCAGGCAUGAUGCCAGAUGACGAGGACGAGCAGCCAGAGGAGGGCGCUAGCAAAAUGAAGAUUCCCAUAGAGUUGCAGACUUGUCUAGACGUACGAGGAAUGGCGGAUUCUAACAUCUACUCCGUAUCGGAAUCGAUUCUCUUGCGAUGGCUCAAUUACCACUAUUGGAAGUGCAACAAGGAGGAGAAGCGCUUUCCGCCUAGGGUGAUUCGGAAUUUCGACUCAGAUUUGCAGGACAUGACCGUUUUUGGUAUGGUUUUAUGGAGUCACGCGCCAUUUAUCGCAGAACGUCUUAGGCCGAUGAAGUAUCCGCCAGCCAACGCGAUUCAGCUUGCUACCAACGGCAACUGCGUUCUUCAGGCAUUGCAGGAUUUGCAACUCCAGUAUCCCUUGACCAAGGACGACAUCUUAGCGGACCCGAAUGGACGAGACUUUCUGUUUUUAGCCUUGUUCUUGUUCCAAAACCUUCCGCAUUACGUGCCGAAAACGGUGAUUCAGUACCAAACCAUGUUGGGUACGAAUUUGACCAAGAGCAUCGAGUUGACGAACCCAUCACGGCAUGUGGUCACCUACUCCGCAACACUUCGAGGCAGUGGAGAAUUUGUUUGUCCGCAGAAAGAGCCUCUCCGCAUUGAGCCGAAGCAGAGCUGUUCGUUCCCAGUCCAGUUUCUGUCAAAAUUUACACGGUCUAGCGACGCUCUACUCACCUUUACAAGCAGACGAGAAGGCAACCUUCACGCAGCAGCGAUUACCUUUAAGCUCCAAUCCAAGUGCAAUGGGCGGAAGCCUAGGAAAAUUUUGCACCAAACAGCAGUCGUCUACGAGGUUGGCGCAGAAGACAUCGAAAUCGAGAAUCCGUUUCCGGAAGAUGCGGAUUUCAAGAUCACUGCUAUUCCGUUCCAGCACGUCACGGAAUUCCCGUCUACUAGUCCACCGGUCACGGCGUUUGGUGAGGGCAACGAGCUGAUAAACAAGGGAACUAGCACGUUGCAGCACCCCAUUGACCCGUUUCAUCUGUCGCAGGGGCAUGUCAAGAUUAAUUAUGGGAGGAUCAUGAUGCGCAUGUGAGUUUUAUUUCAUUCUUUCGAAGUACUUAGUUAAUAGGCGGAUCUACUACUCUUCUGCCUAGUAUUUACAACUCCCACAAACAAUCCUUCUCUAAUACUCGGGCAACAGUUCGGCGAAGAUUUCAGUCUCCUUCUUGCCGUUCGAGGUAGGACACUUUGUUACGCAAUUGCAGUUCUACGAUGGCAAGGUGGGAGAGUUCUACAUCGAGGUCCAGGGUAGCAGCACGCCACCAGGACCAUUGGAACUCUUCAAGGUGGCGAUGAAGGUCGAGGAAGUUGGUACUAAGAUUACUAGUCUAGUAGUUAAGAUGAAAGGUUGAAUUGUGGUGAUUUUACUUGUUGAAAACGCGACUGAGUCGUUUUGAAGGUGUCAGGCUAGGUCGUAAUAGAGAAUUUUGUUUCUAACAAGUCUAUCAAUCCAAAGCUCACACACACGCUCUCUCUCUCUCUACCCCUGUCACAGGCCUCAAAGAGCUGGCGAUCCCCUACCGAAACAGCCAGUUGGACAAGGCCAGACAAUGGAUUGAGGCCAAGAUGAUUCGAGAGGGCAAGAGCCAGGGUGCAGUAGCGCAGGUUCUGAGGGUGUUGCCAGAAAAGGUGACGUAUGACAUCCAACUUUCAAGUCCGUACUACAAGUCGCCCAAGGAAAUAAUAGUCCACAGACCAGAGGGCUCGACGGAUAGCAGUGGAAAACUCAAUCUAGAGUUCAGGCCGAAGGAGCCGGGUGUGUACCCAUGCUCCAUCACGCUAGUAUCGAGCCUGGAUAUCAGGAUAUACCAGGUUGAAGGUACUUCAGGAACUUGUCGCAUUUCUUUGUUGUUGUUUUGUCAUUCUAUCGAAUUCUUCAACAGUUUUAUAAACUGUGUGUUUGUUAAUUCUUCCACUUCCUUGUAGAGCAAUCGGAUCCGAUUGGUCCGGAAUACGCCAACCUGCAUACUAUCUUUUCCAUGAUCCGAUCACAGGUACCGGCACCGCACCAAACACGCGUUGCGCCUUGAGCUUCAUGACGCACGCUAGGCAAGAGGUCAUUCAGGAGAUUCCGAUCGUCAACCCAACGCCCAACGACUGGAACAUCAAGGCCGUCUUCACUUAUCCGCCCAGUACUCAAUAAACAUUUGGUUUGACUUUCAUUAGCAUUCGCUAGGCAGUUUGUUUAGCAGUCUUCAGUUCUUGGUUAGGUUGGUAAACAUCAUAUUGAAGACUGACAUUUUUCUUGUGCUGAGAUAGACCUCGUGUAAUUCCACAACACCAAACUCUAGCAGCCGAGACGGGAGAGAAGUUCUUUGCUGGUAACAAUAGUAUUACCGCAACCAAGGCAGUGGGCGGCCAAGCUAGCACCACCUACUACGAGUUGAAGUUCAAGCCGCAUUGGGUGUGCGAGCAGGUGUGCCACUUGGCGUUGGUCAACGAGGGAGCGAAUGAAACGUAUUUAGUUUUGGUUUGAUGUUGAUGAUGUUGGUUCUUUGGAAGGUCUAGUGUCAGCGAUGCAGUUUCGUAGAGUGAGUUGCUUGUUGUUGUCUUGUUUUCAUCCUAGACCACACAGGCAGGAUUCAUAUCAUUGAAAUUGGCUCUCUCUUCACUAAACUACCCUUACCUGAUCGUUCUAAUAAUAAUUGCUGUGGUUUAUCCACUUGUUUCUCCCCACGACCAGAUACGAAUACGAGCUGACCGGAAAGGGCGAAGAGCCUCUAGCUGAGGACCACGUCAUAAUAAUGUGUCAGGCUAGAGAGAGGACCGACCACGAGUUCUCGGUACGCAACUACGGACAGAGAGAGACGACCUUUGAAGUUGAGUCUGACAUUCUCCACAUCUCCGGUCCCUCUAGUGUGCGUGCUGCUCCUGGGGAGACGGUGGGUUACAACCUCUCCUUCUUGCCUUUGCAGGCUGGUAACGUGACAGGAUGUGUCAUGUUUAGGGAUAGCAACACGGGACACUUCAGCUGGUACACAGUGGAGGUGAGGACGAGCCCUUCAAAGCCGCAACAGGUAUUGCAGACAUUAAAAUUGCUUUGACGAUGUACAGGUAACUGAUUCUCUAUAAUGUUUCCUGCCGUCCACUCCAAGCAAUCGGUCGUUUUCCAUGUUUUUUGACCAAAACAACAUUCUAAGUACCACCUUUACUUCCACUUCCAGGCUCUCUGCCUCACUUGCGUCGUGCGACAAGCCAUUGCAGUCGAUAUUCAGCUUGUCAACCCAUUGGAUGAUGUGAUCGUUUUCGACGUGACGCUUGUCGGCGAUGGUCUUCUCGGAGAGUCAGAAUUCGUCCUAGCACCAAAGGAGACCGCCACCUACGAGUUGGUCUUUUCGCCAUUCAUGCCAGCCAAGAAGAAGGGCCAAGCUAUUUUCGUUUCGGAUAGAGUAGGUGAGUUCUGGUACGACCUGGAGCUGAUCGCGGAACCGGCUCCGCCAACUCAACUCCCCAGUUUCGAAUGCGAGUUGGGCCAACACGCGUCGACGGAGGUCAUUAUCGAGAACCCUACUGGAAAGGAACUCACUCUCAAAGCAAAGAGCACGAACAAGAUCAACUUCAAGGUCAUGCAGAGUGCAGUGUUUUUGCAACCGUUCGGACAGACAGCAGUGGAGAUCCGCUACUUCCCAUCUAGUAUCGACAGUGUCGAAGAAGCGACGAUUACUCUCGAGAACCCGACAGUCGGCAGUUGGGUCUACCAAGUGCAGGGCAAAGGCUUAGCGCCAAGAGACGCGAAAGAAAUCGUCGUAGUUUCCCAAGUUCAACGCGCAACUAGCACUACGAUCAACUUCAAAAAUCCCUUUUUGGAGGCGAUUCAAGCACUCGUUGUACUCGAAACAAAGGCACCGAAGAACGUGUUUAGUUUGCUGAACAAGAAGGCCAGAUUACCAGUGGCACCCUUGGGCACAGUGCAGAUACCUGUGCAGUUUAACCCCUCAAACAUGGACGAGCAGACAGCGCGAGUCAUAGUCAGCGUUUUACCAUCAUCGGGGAAGAGCUCCUUGACAGCGAGUAGCGCGACAGCAGCAUCAUUGGACGCAGGAAACAUGAUGAGCUGGACAUAUCUGAUAAAAGGUACUGCUCUACUAGUUGAAAAGUUUCUGAAGAUGUUGUGUUUCUUCUGAGUCUUAUAAAUCAAAGUGCAAUGAUCAAAGUCGAUGAAUGUAUGAAAUGAAAUAUGAUGGUGAAGAAAAGGGCAAUACAACAUGGUAGUUCUCUUACUCUUAAGCCAGACUCAUCGUAAAUCUAUCUCUCUUCCCUUCCACCAGGUGUCGCCGAAGCUCCCGUCUCUAGUCAAGUGCACACGUUCAAGGUGCAGAGCAGAGAAGCGAUGGACCAGCAGUACGCUUUCCCGCUUAUCGGCUUGGACCUAGGCGCAAACGAAAGCCCCCUAGACCUCUUGAGGUGUGAGAUCGAGUUUCAGGGUAGUGGCGUCUUCGAGCAACUCGUGAACCGGUGUUUCAGCAUUGAAAUUUCCGAUAACCAAGACGUGGAGAGCAACAAGCCCAGGAGUUCGCAAACAGAUCGAUCAAACGCCAACACUGGAGCAAAUGCGAGUAGCAGUGCUGUAGCGAACAUUGGAGGAGAUAAGUCGGGAGCGAAUGGAACGCCAGUGAUAUUAUGGAGAAUGGAUGAAUAUUUAUUUGAUUCAUUAGAUAGAAGAUGUACUUGUUCAGAGUGCUAAUUAUUCAUGGAUUUGACGAUCGUCGCUCAAUAUUCAAUGAUCCCCCAAUAAUUUGUAGGAGCGUCCCGUUCUUCUCCCUCUCUAAUCCCCAUGCGCGUGCAAUUUGCCCCUUUGCGGCCCUUCUCUACCAACGCUUUCUUGGUCUUUUCAAAGCUGAAGGGUGGCGGUCGGUGGCGCUUCAACCUAGCCUUAGAAGCACAAGAGCCGCCAGUGGAUGACAUAAUCGAAAUCGAAUCUCCAUUGAACAAGCCUGCUAGUGUAGCGUUCAAGCUGUGGAAUCAUAGUGCUAGUUACGCCGAAUUCGACGCGUUUUUUGACAGUGAUAGUGCGGCUGAAUUCUCUGUGUCACCGACACAAGGAGUGCUAGAACCAGCAGGUAAUCCGAUGGGAACGACUUUUGUCGUCUCCUACCGACCAACAGAAUACGGCAAGCAAGUGCAAGGCCGAUUGGUGAUCCAGACAGAAGAUGUGAUGUGGAGUUACCUGGUGAAGGGAUUGCAUCCGAAGUACGUUGCGCCAGUGAUCGACAAGCCGAGGAUCUCGACAAGGCUGAGUCGGGAUCUGGCAGCACAGUUAGGGGGUGGACAUCAGAGAAAGAACUUCAUCAAAACCAACAUUUCGGCAACGAAGUCUUUGGCUGCUUUGCAAGGUGGGAGAGAGAACCCUGGAGGUGGUUUGCCGACGUUGCCGGAGAACUAG